UCAGAGACCAGAAUUCCAUCAAUCAAUCACUGUUCGGGGAAUCCUCAACCACCAACAAUCUUCUAGUGACGUACGAGACUAUUUUGAAUAUAAUGUUAGAAACUCGUAUAAAUGACUUUGGUAUGGAAGAUGUGCAUUCAGAAAUCACCAAACAAGUACCUGUAGUUUGCAAUACUUUACCAACAAACGUCAUGAUAUUGAAACCUGGUGAUCCACCCAAUUGUAAUGAAAAUGUUCAUGCAGCAUGUGAAAUGUACCGUGAUGAUUUACCUCGUGGUGACCGUCUAUAUAUUGUGUGUGAUCAGGCAAUUUUUGCAAGGUUAAUCUCUUAUAAGGAAAUUAACAAUGAUUCGACUGUGAUGCUGAAGAUUAAGGCAGUCCAGAGUGAGAAAGAUCAUCUAUCAAUGCUUCUUGCAGAAUACACUGAUGACAUUGUGACAAGUCAAAACGCUCACGUGAUCAAGUCAUGCAAAGAUUUGCUCUGGUCCUUGGUCGCAAAGUUAUCAUCCACCUUUGGUGAACCAAAUCCUGCAACACACUAUUUGUUCGGAAAUGCACCAAAAAUUAGUGAAAAUGGCAUUAAGAAUAUUCUUUCUUUCUAUGAGUCUGAAAAAUUGCGUUUUCAACAAAUACUUACGCAGGAUGUGUAUAAAACUGAGCUCCGAGUAGCUACUGGACGUCACGCAUGA